GACACUCUGAACAACGUGAAUAAGCAUUGUAUAUUGGAUAGCCUUGAUUCUAUUAUACCACAUCUUUUAAACGCAUACGUUACCUCCGAUUUUACCCACAGUGCGUAUUUACAUUCAGUGUACAUUGAAACAAUGAGUACAACAGAUGACCUCAAGAGCGAAGGGGAUAGUUCAGUUGAUCCAAUAGACUGGGAGAAUAUGGUUAAUCAUCCUGCAUUUGCAGCAGAAAUCGAUCCCACUUCUAGCUUGCAUCCAGCUACCGAGGCUCUUCAGGCAUUAAAGUUCGAGUCAGAAGAUCCAGAUGCUAAUGCACUUAGUUACAAAGAAGAGGGGAAUUAUUAUUAUCAGAGAAAAGACUUUUCUAAAGCAAUUACAUCUUACACUGCAGGCUUGCGUGCCAAGUCAUCUCAUUCCAAACUUAAUGCAAUACUGUAUACUAACAGAGCAUUGAGUCAUUUCUGCAUACAAAACUAUCGAUCGUGUAUUAAUGAUUUUGAUUGUCAAGAAAAUGAUUUGAAUUGUGCAUAUGAAAUUUUAAAGUCUCGUGGAAUCAAUGUUAAUCACAAAUUGGAACCUAUUGACUUCCCAGAAACGUCAUAUUCUAAAUUUUAUGUGGAUUCAUUGGGGAAACUUCAUUGGCCUAUACUCUUUAUGUAUCCUGAAUUCGGGCAAACUGAUUUUCUUCGUGAUGUGAUUGAAUCAAGCACAGUCAUUGAUUGUUUGAAGCUAGUUUUUGAUGUGAACCAACCUCCUCCAUCUUGGGAUCCUGAUGUCUGUAUUCGGUUAUGGAUAACGCACUUGAGGUUUAUUUCGAGGACAACAAAAUCAAGAAACUGA